GAACUCACUAGAGAAGCCUUUUGUGCUACAUUUCCAUAAGUGUAACAUUUUCCUUAUCUCAUCCACUCCACCCUCUCCAAAAGGUUCCCCUAGAAAGUUCUUAAGAUGGCUGGCAUAGCAUUUGGACGUUUUGAUGAUUCCUUCAGUUUUGGCUCAAUUAAGGCAUAUAUUGCUGAAUUCAUCUCAACUUUGAUCUUUGUUUUUGCUGGUGUUGGUUCAGCCAUAGCCUAUGGUAAGUUGACAUCAGAUGCAGCUCUGGAUCCAGCUGGAUUGCUAGCAGUUGCAAUUUGCCAUGGUUUUGCACUGUUUGUUGCUGUUUCAGUUGGUGCUAACAUUUCUGGUGGACAUGUCAAUCCUGCUGUCACAUUUGGAUUGGCUCUUGGUGGACACAUCACAAUCCUCACUGGUAUCUUCUACUGGAUUGUACAGCUUCUUGGCUCCAUAGUUGCAUGUUUUCUUCUUCAAUUUGUCACAGGAGGAUUGGAAACUCCAACACACAGUGUGGCAGCUGAAGUAGGACCUAUUGGAGGAAUUGUGACUGAAAUAAUCAUAACAUUUGGUUUAGUGUACACAGUAUAUGCCACAGCAGCUGAUCCAAAAAAAGGUUCAUUGGGAACAAUUGCACCCAUUGCUAUUGGAUUCAUUGUUGGAGCAAACAUAUUAGCAGCAGGCCCAUUCUCUGGUGGAUCAAUGAACCCAGCUAGAUCUUUUGGGCCUGCUGUUGUUAGUGGCAAUUUCCAUGAUAAUUGGGUCUAUUGGGUUGGGCCUCUUGUUGGUGGUGGUUUGGCUGGGCUUAUUUAUGACAAUGUGUUCCUGCGUUCAGAACAUGCUCCACUUGCUAGUGAUUAUUAAUUGUUUUUAUUUAAAUUAUUGUCAUUGUUGUUGCUUGUUUUGUGUAUGAGAUUUAUGUUUUUGGAUAAUGAAAUGGAGAAAAAGCAACUUUUGUUUUUUCUCUUCUUUGUUUUUUUAUUUUUUUUAUUGUAAAGGUGUAAGAGUAACAUUGUUUGGUAAGAAUUCAAGAGAUUGGUGGUGUUGUCUAGAA